AUGCUCGUCGACACGGACACAUCGGGCCGUCAUCUCACUGCCGGCAAGGCCGGUGCAAUUCCCUUCUCCCGUACCGACAGUCUUUCGUCGGCGGCUCCUUCAACCGCCUCCAUGUCGACCCGCACAAUGACGUCCUCCGACCCCACGACAAAUUCGUUCGAUGCCUCUCGCCCUUACUGCUUGCGCAAUGGCCGCACAUAUCUAUCAGACCCGUCAUUGGCAUACCCGUUGCCUGUUGACCUGAGCGAGAUCCAUCGCCAGUCAUUGCGCACACUGCUGCUCAUUCAGCUGUUUGGUUCGCCAAUCUGCUCUACAGCAUUUGCCAGCAAACCGCCUGGUCGUGUCCUCGAAGUCGCCUGCGGUUCCGGAUUCUGGAGUCAAUCGUGUCACCGGUAUUUCGCGCAACGAGGCCACCCAGAUAUCCACUUCACUGGCAUGGACAUUGGCCCAAUGGGGCAGAAUGCGGGGGACGUAUCUCGCGACAUGAAAUGGCGAUUCAUGCAGCACGACAUUCGCAACUUUCCGUGGCCGUUUGCCGAUGGCGAGUUCGACUUGGUCAUGGUCAAGGAUCUGAGUCUGGUCGUGACGUCGCCGCACGCGCUGCAGAACGCCAUUGAAGAAUAUCAUCGCAUUCUUCGCCCCGGUGGCACUGUGGAAUUCUGGGAUAGCGACCACCAGAUCCGCAUGUUGCGGCCCCACGCCGCGCCACAGUCUGGCAACACCGAAGACACCGCCACUGUCGCCUCGCUCGGCGCGUAUCCCAUUUCGGCAAAGACCCCUUUGAGCGCGCCGCUGAACAACUUUCUCGUCGAGUACAACAGUUGGGUUCACCGUGCACUCGAGUCCCGCAAUCUGAGUCCUGUGCCUUGCACUCUCAUCGGUCCUAUGCUCAUCCAGGAAUCCGAGGAGCUGACUGACAUACAAAGCAAGCGCCUGGCGAUCCCACUUUCUGAAGUUCGCUGGGAGCGCGAGGGCGUCGGCGGUGUCGUGACCAAGGACGGCAAGUCGUUCAUCAACUCUGGCAAGGGCAAGGGCAAAGACAAACCGGACGAGCAGAAGAAGACGUUGACCGAGGCCCAGGCGGCGCUCCGCCGCACGGCCUUGAUGACCGUCGUACAGCAGAUCCAGAGCCUGGAGCCGAUCUUGCGCGAGGUCAGCGGCAAGAGCCAGGACGAAUGGGACGGCUGGCUAGGCAAGAUGAUGAACGAUCUCAUGAGGGAGAACGGUACGAGUUGGGGAGAGUGUUUGGAAGUCGGUGCCUGGUGGGCACGCAAGAGGGAGCGAUGA